AUGUUCAAACGAAUCUUCGGAGAGCACGGCGCGAAGAAUGUCGUAACCCUCUUUCACAAGCCCAGCAGCGAGGCAUCGAUCCGCGUUCACACCAUGCUCAAGCAGGCCAACGCACAAGCAGUUUCUCAUGCGACAGAAGACCAAGCUGCUGCUCACGACGCGCAGAACAAGGCGGAGAGGACCGAGUUCGAGCUCGACGUAACGGAGGCACCGCCAACCAGCGACCAGCUCAAGACGAUCCUGGAAUACCUCGGUGGCUCUCCAAGCAAGGUCAUUGAGGGGGCUUCGGACGAGUCGGACGCAAUGAGGCGACUCAAGGCGGACGGUAACACAUUCAAGAGGCCUUUGGUGGUGGACUGGAAUCAAGGCAAAGCAGUGGUUGGAGACAGCGAGUCCGAAAUCAUGAAGCUGGUGCGAGCCAUCCCUAAGGAGACUGGCAAGGCGUGA